UUUUAUUGUCUGUUUGUCUGCCCACCUAUCACUAUCACUUUACGGGUAGUUUUGUCUAUCAGUAUCUGUUUUCAGAGUUUACUGUCUGUCUUUAUCACGAUCGUCUGUUUGUCCCUCCGUCUGCCUACUUACCAUCAAUUUGCCCGUCAUUGGAUCAUGUGAUUAAAAUCCUGAUCGCUUAUUGGCCGUUGAUGCCAACCUCUUCCCCACAGUUGUCAGCCGACACCAUGCAAGUCCACUACCUGAUCGUUCUCAUGCUGGGCACGCUAGCCUGCGGCAAGCUGGCCCCUUUUCACCGAAGUAAAGAUCCUGUGCCGAGUCAGUACCUGGUUAGAAUCGAGGACGCAGGAGAAGACACCAUGAAUGACUUCCGGCUGGAUUUGGUGGCCGAAAACGACCGCAACGAGCAGGAAGGGACGGGCUUCGGUCACAUCAAGGUCAAGGGCGAGAUUGACGGCACAAACUUGAAGCUCUUCCAUUUGGAGCUGGACUACAAAUCUCUGGAGUUGGUGCGCAAACAUCCGUCGGUACUGUACGUCGAGGAGGAGACGAGGAUGAGGAUGGCGGCACCAGUCCAGAGUGACGUGAGUAAUAUGUUCGCCAGACAAGAUGGAGAAGACACAGCGGACGGAUACUACGGCCUCGAUCGGAUCAACCAGAUAGACACCGCUCUUGACGGCAACAUGACAUUUGACGGUGAUGGUUUUGGGGUGAAUAUUUACGUAGUGGAUGCCAGCAUCGCAUUGCUUCACAAGGAACUGGAAUGCCGGGCCAGGAUGGUAACUGACGUGCUGGAUCAGCCUGGCGAAGACUGCGCCCAGAGAGACGGUACAACGAUCGCCAGUGUGGCGGCCGGUAAGGGGGUGGGCGUGGCCAAAGCCGCCACCGUACUGGGCAUAAAGGUGACUGACUGCGACAACGAACUGAACGAGAUGAACUUCGUCGAAGGUAUACAGUGGGUGAUCGACCACGGUCGGACUCCCUGUGUCGCGUUGCUGGGUCACGCCUGCGCCGAGGCGACCAGCGUGGACCUGGUGGCCGAGGCCCUGACCCAGUCCCUCUACUCGAGUCCCAACGAGGGAUGCGUGGUGGUCACGGCGGCCGGUACCGUCUCGGAGGACGGGGGUAAUGCGUGUACCAUGUCGCCCGGCCGAACCCACAGCGUCAUCAACGUAGCGGAGACGAACGCAGCCGACGGCAAGACCUCCUCGUCCUUCUACGGCCCGUGUGUGGACAUCUUCGCCCCAGGCGCCAAGAUCAAGACCGCCAUCCGCCAACAGACCGUAGAUGGGGACGACGAUUACACGCUGUCGUACGGGACUGCCAUUUCGGCGGCUUUCGUUGCAGGAGUGGCGGCGGUACAUCUCGGAAACGACGUCCCCACAUCAGACGUCAAGGAGCGAAUCUUGACGGAUGCUACACCGUGCGUGGUCGGGGACGAAGGACGAGGGUCCCCGGACAGGAUGCUGUACGUUGCUCCUGGGGAGUAGUCUGGACACCUGACCACAGUGGUCAAUGCGCGUGCGUACUCAUGCCUGUUUGUGGCACAAUGGUUCGUUUUUGUGGGAAAAACUUAUAAUUUUUAAAUUUUACCGUACGGUGAUACAAACCUAUAUAUCUGCUUCUGUUUAUUAUUAAAUUUUGCUUUAAAAACAAUUAAAGUGCUGAGUUACGAAAAUGUCAGUGCAGAUGAAUACUUCCGACAGUCACAAUAAAUAGGCCUAAGCAUGCAUAUUUUCAAAUCUUAAACAAAACAAUCUUGUUAAUGUAGCAUUCCUUUCUACAAAUAUUAAAGGUAAGCCUGUUUCGCAAAUUGGAGAAGAAAAGUGAAUAAAAAUUAUCUGCUUAGCUCAGAUUUGUGUCGACUA